AUGAUCAAGGUAGAAGGAGAAGAAGAGGCCCUUGGGAAUCAAGAGGAAUUGAGAAAGCUGAAGGAAAGCCAAGCCCAAAACUGGAACAUUAUUGACCUUGGGGUUGAUGUCCAGGCCGUUGGGAUAUCAGUCCAACAGGAAAAUCACAAGGAAACAAGAAUUGAGUGCCUAGUAUGUGGGAAGACAUUCAGUUCUAAAUCAAACCUUAAUACACAUUUCAGAAUCCACACUACGGAGAAACCAUAUAAGUGUUUGGAAUGUGAAAAGAGCUUUAGUGACAGCCGCAGCCUUACUUUGCAUCAAAGAAUCCACACAGGAGAGAAACCCUAUAAAUGUUUGGAGUGUGGAAAGAGCUUCAGCCGCAGCACAACCCUUUCAACACAUCAGAGAAUCCACAGGGGUGAGAAACCAUACAAAUGCCUGGAGUGUGGAAAAAGCUUCAGUGAUAGCACCAGCUUAAGUUCCCAUCAAAGAAUCCACACAGGGGAGAAACCCUUUCACUGCUUGGUGUGUGGAAAGAGUUUUCCUUACAGUGCAAGCCUUACUACACAUCAAAGAAUUCACACAGGAGAGAAACCAUAUAAAUGCCAGGAGUGUGGAAAAGGCUUCAGUGAUAGCACAAGUCUCAGUAGACAUCAAAGAAUUCACACAGGAGAGAAACCAUAUAAAUGCCUGGAGUGUGGAAAAAGCUUCAGUGAUAGCACAAACCUUCAUUCACAUCAGAGAACUCACACAGGGGAGAAACCGUAUAAAUGCUUGCAGUGUGGAAAAUGCUUUGCUUACAGUGCGACCCUUAGCAGACAUCAGAGAAUCCACACAGGAGAGAAGCCGUAUAAAUGCUUGGAGUGUGGAACGAGCUGCCGUGAUAAUGCAAGUCUUCGUUCACACCAACGGAUACACACAGGUGAAAAACCAUUUAAAUGUCUAGAGUGUGGAAAGUGUUUUAGUCGGAGUGAACACCUUACUUCACAUCAGAGAGUGCAUACAGGAGAAAAACCGUACAAAUGCCAGGAAUGCGGAAUGAGCUUCAGUCACAGCUCAGCUCUCACUUCACAUCAGAGAAACCACUCUGGGGACAAGCCCUAUAAAUGCCAGGAGUGUGGGAAGGGCUUCAGUCACAGCUCAGUCCUUACUUCACAUCAGAGAAGCCACUCAGGGGACAAGCCAUAUAAAUGCCUGGAGUGUGGAGAGAGUUUCAGUCACAGAGCGUACCUUAGUUCACAUGAAAGAAUUCACAAGCCGGAGAAACCAUUUAAAUGCUUGGAAUGUGGAAUGAGCUUUAGUCAGAGCCCAAGUUUUAUUAGACAUAAAAGGAUCCACACAGGGGAGAAACCCUAUAAAUGCCUAGAGUGUGGAAAGAGCUUCAGUGUAAGCUCCAGUCUUACUUCCCAUCGAAGAAUGCAUACUGGGGAGAAACCAUUUAAAUGCUUGGCAUGUGGCAUGAGCUUCAGCCAGAAUUCAAACCUUAAUUUACAUCAGAGAAUCCAUUCGGGGGACAAGCCAUACAAAUGCCUUCAGUGUGGGAAAAGCUUCAGCAAUAGCACGCGCCUUAAUUCCCAUGAAAGAAUCCACACUGGGGAGAAACCUUUUAAAUGUUUGGAAUGUGGAAAGCGCUUUAGGUGGAGCAAAGUCCUUACUAGGCAUCAAAGAAUCCACACCGGAGAGAAGCCCUUUAAAUGCCUGGAGUGUGGAAAGAGCUUUGGGAGAAGCACGGACCUUUCUUCACAUCAGAGGUUCCAUACAGGAGAGAAACCAUAUAAAUGUCUAAAAUGUGGAAAGAGCUUCAUGUGGAGCUCACACUUUACUGCCCAUCGCCGAAUGCAUGCAGAAGAGAAACCAUAAUAUAGUCAGUAUGAUA